GGAGAAGAUGUGAAGAAGGAGAUGUGGGAGAGGACAAGAAGUCGGCGGGUGAAGGGGAGAGUUCCGGGUAGUCUACUGUACGAAUUGGGUGACUGGAGUCAGCACAUGUGCCUACCCAAUGGAUCGCGGGAACGUGUUGUGCUUGAAGCAGACGAUGGCGAACGACGUGCGCAUUGGUCGGAUGUCCUAAUGAAGGUGUUAAUAAGUGUCAAUGCAUUUAUCGAGCCCGAGUCAAGCGCAAAAGCGACGGCUGCCUGUACUGGGGUGACGGACUGCGAGGGUGCCCACUGUAGCGCGCUCAUCUGCUCUCUGUGGGAAGGGGCUCGACAGAAUGGGCACUGUGACUCCCUGUGACUAGCCGUUACGGUAACACCCAUUCUGGAAAGAAUCCCCAGAGUUUGUGUGCAUUUGGCCGUGUUUUGGGUGUGGCUCCGGAAUUGGCAAUAUGAGAUCUG